ACUAACGUACACUUAUCUGUACAACAGUCUCCUACCUGUCCUUAGAGCAAAGAUUUCGGUUUUAGACAUAGUCAUAGCCUCUCUAAUAUUACCACACUGCUGACUUGUUCGAAAUAUUGUACUGUUUAUUCCUUGUGCAUUUUAUGAGUGUUUUAUUUCUUCGACUUGAUAAUAAUAAAGGUAAUACCGGCCACUAGAGCGAUUCAUACUAUUUGUAAGCUUAAACCUGCGGCAGUCUAUCUAUUCUGUUUUAUUUUCCUUCUCUGGCAAUCGGUUGUUAUUUUUACGACCACGUGUGGCUAUGUCAUGUCCAAGAGACUCGUACUGGAGAUGUAGAUAUCCAGCAAAUUUUCAGUGAACACCCUCUUUAGUAAACAUGAAGUGACCUCAGACCUGUCGUACAAGGAAUGCAUGAAGGCCCAAUGAACACUUCUAGUUUAGCAGUCUGACUGUAAUAGUGAACUGCAUCAGUGUGGUUAUCAUUUAACAGAAAAUUACAGCUAAACAAGUCUAAGUAUAUUCCCAUAGUAUCCACCGUGCAUGUCAGACAAAAUAUGGCUACGGAAAAUACACAAGGUGAGAAUUUACAUGUCUCGCACGACACCGAACAACAGAUGACUCCACACCAUAAAGAGCGUCCAGGCUGCAGCACAGUUAUGAAUACCACACAGGAACCGGUGACUGAACAAGGAGGGACCAUAUUUGAAACUGCUGGACCUUCCAAACCUAAUUCUGAACGAGUUCUGUAUAAUAAGGAUGAGGAUAAAGUUCAUUCAUGUGUGGUAUGCAGUAAGACAUUCGAGACCUACAAUACACUGAAAUACCAUAUGACAGUCCAUCCUGAACAGGAAAUAUUUUUGUCUAAUAAAAAGCUAUACAGUUGUGAUGUAUGUAGUAAAUGUUUUAAACAAAAAUCAUCAUUGAAAGAGCAUUUGCUGGUACAUACUGGUGAUAAGCCACAUAGUUGUGAUGUAUGUAAUAAAUGUUUUAAUAGAAAAUCAACAUUGCAACGGCAUCUGUUGAUACAUACUGGCGAUAAGCCACAUAGUUGUAAUGUAUGUAGUAAAUGUUUUACCAGAAAAUCAACACUGAAAGAGCAUUUGCUGAUACAUAGUGGUGAAAAGCCACAUAGUUGUCAUAUAUGUAAUAUGUGUUUUUUAAAAAAACAAAGUUUAACACAGCAUUUGUUAACGCAUACUGAUGAUAAGCCAUAUAGUUGCGAUGUAUGUAAUAAAUGUUUUAGAAGAAAAUCAACACUAAAAGAGCAUUUGCUGAUACAUACUGGUGACAAGCCACAUAGUUGUGAUGUAUGUAAUAAAUGAUUUUCACAAAAAGGAAGUUAACACAGCAUUUGUUUAUACAUACUGGUGAUAAGCCAUAUAGUUGUGAUGUAUGUAAUAAAUGUUUUAGGCAUAAAUCAUAUAUUGUUUAUUAAAUCAUUUACCAGUUUUAAUCUGAGUUAUGAACAAGAUUUUACAAUACAAUACAAUCAUUAUUGCGACACCAUUUGUUGAAACAUACUGCUGAUCAGCCAUGUUAAAUGUAUAAUUCAUGUAGGUGUAAGUAUUUAUAAGACAAGAUAAAGUUUAGAGGUACAAACAGUAACCUUAAGUAGCAAGUUUGACAUAUCACGUGAUUAUAUAUGUUGUGGAAA